AUGUUAAGAGUUCCAAGUAGGAGGGCCUAUUCACAAUUGGCUGGUGACACUUUCCGGAUGUCUAAACUGGCCAAUGGUCUGAAAGUAGCUACUUCUGGUACUCCGGGCCAUUUCAGUGCUCUUGGGAUGUAUGUUGGAGCCGGUUCUCGUUAUGAAUCGAGGAACUUGAAGGGCUGUACGCAUAUAUUGGACCGUUUGGCAUUUAAAUCUACGCAACACAUUGAUGGCAGGACUUUUGCAGAAACUUUGGAAUUGCUAGGUGGAAAUUAUCAGUGUACUUCCUCCAGAGAGACAAUGAUGUAUCAGGCAUCUGUUUUUAAUCAGGAUGUUGACAAGAUGUUGAACCUUAUGUGUGAGACAAUAAGGUUUCCGAACAUUACAGAGGAGGAGUUAGCUGAGCAAAAAAUGACUGCUCAGUAUGAGAUAGACGAGGUGUGGAUGAAGCCGGAUUUGGCUCUACCUGAGUUACUGCACACGACGGCAUACUCGGGAGAGACUUUGGGUUCACCUCUUCUGUGUCCUCGUGAACUAGUACCAUCCAUCUCAAGGUACUACCUAAUGGAUUAUAGGAACAAAUUUUAUACCCCUAGGAACGUUGUGGCAGCUUUUGUUGGUGUCGAACACGAGAGAGCUGUUGAGUAUGCUGAGAAAUAUUUCGGUGAUUGGGAAUCAAGCCACCCUCCAAGAGCACAUAACCCUUCCGUGUACACUGGAGGUGAAACUUGCAUACCACCGGGCCCCGUUUUUGGUAAUCUGCCAGAGCUUGCUCAUGUUCAAAUUGGGUUUGAAGGUCUGCCAAUUGAUCAUCCAGAUAUCUAUGCAUUGGCUACAUUGCAAACCUUACUGGGAGGUGGUGGUUCAUUUAGUGCAGGUGGUCCAGGUAAGGGUAUGUACUCGAGGCUUUACACCCAUGUCUUGAACCAGUACUACUUUAUCGAAAACUGUGUGGCAUUCAAUCACUCAUAUUCAGAUUCUGGUAUCUUCGGUAUAUCUGUCUCAUGUAUACCUCAAGCUGCAUCUGAAGUGGUUAGAGUCGUUGCAGAACAGUUCGCUAAUACUUUUGCCAACGAUAAACUCAAGUUAACGAAGGAAGAGGUGUCUCGUGCUAAGAAUCAAUUGAAAUCCUCUCUUUUGAUGAAUUUGGAAUCAAAGCUCGUCGAAUUGGAAGAUAUGGGGAGACAGGUACAAGUGCAUGGACGCAAAGUUCCACUUAAAGAAAUGAUUGCAAGCAUUGAGAAAUUAACUCCAGAGGAUAUCCAACGGGUGGCAGAAACAGUAUUCACUGGUAAAGUAAAGAAUAAUUCCGCUUCGACAGGAAAACCUACUAUUGUUAUGCAAGGUUACAGAGAGGCAUUUGGAGAUGUGGAGGCUUGCCUUGGACAGUAUGGUUUGGGUAAUUUAUCCCCACCAAGCCAGGGCCCCAUCAAUUUUUCUAAAAGUUCAAGAUGGAUUUGA